CCUGGCUCUGACGUCACUGGAGAGCGACGGCUGAUGGCAUCUUUAGUGUACAGACUGUGGAAUUGUUAUGGCUAGUGAUGAUGAAGUCAAUCUUUUGGUAAUUGUGGUUGAUGUAAAUCCUAUUUGGUGGGGGCAGCAAGCACUUAAACAGUCCGAGGUCACUUUGCCAAAAUGUAUCGAUGCAGUACUGGUCAUGGGAAACUCCCAUUUAUUUAUGGGACGUAAUAACAAAUUGGCUGUGAUUGCCAGCCACAUACAAGAAAGUCGAUUAUUAUUUCCUGGGAAGCAGUGGAAAUGUGGAGACCUCUCUACAGAAACAUCCAUUUUGGAAUCCAAUGCAACUGGCAGCAAAGAUGGAAAAUAUGAAUUACUAACAGCCGCCAAUGAUCUGAUUGCAGAGGACAUCAGAGAUCUCAUGACCAAAACAGGUGAAAUGAAAGGACAGCAGACUGAUACAGUCCUGGCAGGAUCCUUGGCGAAAGCAUUAUGCUAUAUUAAUAAAAUAAACAAAGAAGCAAAAGCUGGACAGGAAGUGAAAUCCAGAAUAUUGGUAGUCAAAGCAGCAGAAGACAGUGCAUUACAGUACAUGAAUUUUAUGAAUGUGAUCUUUGCAGCUCAGAAACAGAACGUUCUUAUUGAUGCUUGCGUUUUGGAUGCAGAUUCUGGACUUCUGCAGCAGGCUUGUGAUAUUACAGGGGGGAUUUAUCUGAAGAUUCCUCAGGUCAACUGUCUGCUGCAGUACUUGUUGUGGGUUUUCCUUCCUGAUCCUGAUCAGAGGUCACAGCUUAAUCUUCCACCCCCUGUCCACGUGGAUUACCGAGCCGCGUGUUUCUGUCACCGAAAUCUGAUUGAAAUAGGCUACGUAUGUUCUGUCUGUUUAUCCAUAUUCUGUAACUUCAGCCCCAUCUGCACCACAUGCGAGACAGCGUUCAAGAUCUCUCUGCCUCCUGUUAUGAAAGCAAAGAAAAAGAAAUUGAGAGCCAUGUUUUAGAGCUUAUAAUGAAGGCUGACAGUGGUGCACUCAGAUGGACUCUGCAAUCAUUUUUGUAAAAGUUUAUUUCUGUAUGAAAUGGCAAACAUUAAAUCUGAGGCACCUCUAUACUGCUAAGGAACUCUUGAUGAGAAGUGUAAUUGGUAAUUAUGCCAGUUAGGUGUUAAACUACCUAUGUUGUAUGUAAACACUGAGGCAGUAUUCUUGUUUCUGGCAUUUGUACAGUUUUAAAAUUUGGUUUUCUGUUCAUGGGGAAUACUAGUUAUUAAUGAAUAAUUAACAAUGUAAAGAAUUUUAAUCAAAUCCAUUGUUGCCAAAUGAUGAUUAAUGAUCAUUAAGUGAUAAUCUGAAUUUGUUUUCUUCAUUCCAUUGACUCCAUAAUGUACUUCUGAACAUAACAUUUAUUAAUCAGAACUAAUUGUAAGAUUAAGAUUAAUGUUGCACUCAGAUGGCAGAAGCGUAUUUAUCAUGGGAUCAAUAUACCUGAAUUAAAUUUUUUUUUUUUAUUUCAAGUUUUUUCUCUUUAUUUCGAUUAAAUAAACUUUGGAAUCCAAAGUACACAUCUUUAGUCGUAUAGGAAUUACUAAGUGGUUUGACAACUGGGUAAUAGCACUAGGAUACUCUAAACAACCUAACCAAAACAUCAGGUUGCAGUGGCUGUAUUGCAUAAUGUACAUUAGUUUGUUUAGCCAUUUCGAUGGUAACUGAUAGCAUUAGGAUGGGUGAGAUGGUUAAGUCUGCAGUAUUUGCAAGAAAAUGCACAUGGAAGAAUCUAGCCUUAGUGUAAUGGACAUUAAACGGUAAUACUAAUGUUAUUUUUAGGGCUAUGCUUACAUGGGAAUAAUGUAAUUUCCUGCAAGGGGCCAGGGGUGUCCAUUUUUUUCUUCUUCAAUCUGUUGUUAACAUGUGUAGGUCUGUCUGUCUGCAUAUCCACCCGACUUAAUAUUCGGUAAUAACAAUUUGGAAAACCAUCUUCUAUUGCGUUCUCCCAAUGAAAGUAUGUCACUUUGUAUGCCCACUGUGAUCACAAGGAAUUUGUUUUUAAAAGAUAAACUGAAAGUCAAUAAAUUAC